AUGCAAGAUCAGGCUUAUUUCAACCUCGGUUCACACCAGCGUCCAAUCACGACAUCGUCUAAAGAUGCUCAGCUGUGGUUCAACCGCGGUCUAGUAUGGGCGUACUCCUUCAAUGUCGGGGAAGCAGAACGAUGUUUCGAGCGAGCUGUUAAAUACGACACCGACUGCGCAAUGGGCUUAUGGGGUAUUGCCUAUUCUGCCGGCCCCAACUACAACAAGGCAUGGAGAUACUUUGACCCUAAGGACCUCCGUGACUCGAUUCAAAGAGCAAACGAUGCUAUCGCACGCGCUGCCGAGCUUUCUAAUCAGGUCACUCCAGCCGAGAAAGCAUUAGUAAAGGCAGUUGCCGCCCGGUUCCCGCCAACGGACAAUAUUCCGAACGACCUGAGCCCCUAUGAUCGUGCUUACGCAGACGCCAUGCGUCCUGUCUACCGGGAAUUCGGAACCGAUCCGGACAUCGCAGCGCUUUUCGCCGAUGCCUUAAUGUGUAUAACGCCCCGUGGUUUAUGGGACCUGGAUACCGGAGAGCCCACGGGUCCGCACACGCUCGAGGCCCGGAAAGUGAUCGAGACGGGGCUAGCAUCAACUGUUGGUCGUGCGCACCCAGCACUUUGUCACCUGCAUAUUCACAUCAUGGAAAUGUCCCCUAACCCGGAACUUGCUUUACCGGCUGCUGAUCGACUGCGUUAUCUGGUCCCGGAUGGAUCGCAUAUGCUGCAUAUGCCGACACAUAUCGACGCUGCGGUUGGCGACUACCGCCGCGCUAUUGACUCAAACAGCGAGGCGAUCAUGGCGGAUGAUAAGUAUUUCGCGCAGGAAAGCGGCACAAUCUCCUAUAUCGGGUAUCGGGUGCACUAUAUUUGCGCAAAGCUCUAUGCAGCAAUGAUGUGCGGUCGCUUUACAGACGCCAUGGCAGCAGCUAUGAAGCUGGAGGAAGUUAUUACGGACGAUCUUCUUUCGAUCGCCAGUCCUCCUGUGGCAGACUCCAUUGAAAGCUUUCUCGGAAGCAAAGCCCAUGUACUGAUCCGCUUCGGCCGGUGGGAGGAGAUCUUGCGCCUUGAACUUCCGGCCAAUCGUCAGCUCAAGAGCGCAACGACGGCAAUUAUACUGUAUUCCCGCGGCCUGGCAUACAGUGCGCUCGGACGAAUCGAAGAGGCAGAAACUACACAGCGAGAAUUCGAACUCGCGCGCGCGGCUGUCCCAAAAUCUCGUUUGAACAGUAUCCCCUGCAGGCAAGUUGACGUCCUCCAAGUGUCAUCCGCAAUGUUACACGGCGAGUUGGAAUACCGCAAAGGAAAUCAUGAAAUCGCCUUCACUUCUUUGCGAGAGGCCAUCCGGCGCGAAGAUGCACUGCCGUAUUCAGAUCCUCCGCCUUGGAUGCAGCCUGUCCGGCAUGCACUGGGCGGCUUACUUCUGGAGCAGAACCGGGUAGAGGAAGCUGAAGUGUUGUUCAGGGAGGAUCUUGGAUUCGCAGAGGAAUUUCCUCGGCGCAGAGCAAAGCUCAAUAAUGUAUGGGGCCUCCAUGGAUUGCGUGAAUGUUUGGUGCGUUUGGGUAAGACGAAAGACCUUGCUUUUGUCGAGCCUGCGCAUGCGAUUGCGGUUGCGUCCGCCGAUGUUCCGAUCACCGCUUCAUGUUAUUGUCGGUUAUCCGCGGUGAAAGUGACACGUUGUUGCUCAGCAAAGUCCGGAUGUUGCGAAUAG